UCGAGCGAGCACGCACGCACGCACAAUCGCAAUCACAGGGUUCGCGUUCACACCAAACGAUCGAAACAGAUAGGGCGAGAGAGGGGGAGAGGAAAUGGGCAUAUUCGCGACGAGCAAGGCCAAGAACAGCGACCAGAGCUCCGGCAUGGGCUUCCUCCUCGUCUUCUUCCCCGAAGAACACCAGCACCGGCACCGCUCCGCCUCCGAUUCAACCGACAUUGUCGACGAACCCAAGCUCCUCCGCCCUCCUCCUCCUCCUCCUCCUCCUCCGUUCAGGAGGACCCGCUCCGGCCCCCUCCUGAGCAGAGCCCAGUCCACCAUCUCCAUCUGCGCCCUCCUCGUCUGCCUCACCCUCCUCGUCUUCGCCCUCUCCACCUUCGACCCUCCUUCCAACUCCCCCUCCGCCUCCGCCGCCUCCUAUUCCCGCCGCUUCUUGCCCGAACGGCAGCCCCCGCCGCGCCACCGACAGCAGCCCCGGCCUCUCCUCGCUCCCGAGACCCGAAACGACCGCGCUCCCUCGUCGUUCUGGUCGUUCCCCACCUUCUCCUGGAGGGCCAGGCCCGACAAUGGCGGUCCCAAGCGCCAGUUCGCGCUGCAGGGGAUGGGCACGCUGUACAGGAGAGGCACGCGCGCCAUGAGCGACCUCGUCGUCGCUCACCUGGCCGAGAACCUCUCCGAGGAAGAGCUCCGCUUGUUCUUGCGGACGCUGCAUCGGUCGGGCCUCACGGCCAGAGCCGACGUCGUCCUCAUCUUCCCUUCCCGCGACUCGGCCUCGAGAUUCGGUUCCGUAAUCCGCGAAGAAGAGGAGUCGUUCUCGAAGCUCCUUUAUCUCUACACGCAGCGAUUCAACGCGACCGCCGCGACUUCGAGGUCUCCCGCGAGUUUCGACGCCGCCCAUUUCGUGAAGUCGUCCAAGGAAGACGGCGAGCCGCUGUGGGGCAAGCGCGCCCGGAUUGGCAAUUCCAGCAGCGACGCCGCCGCCGCCGGUGCCGGGAGCGGUGGGGCGGCGAGUCUGGACAAGUCGGUUCGGCCUAGUUACGGGUCGGUCGCGGGCUUCGAGGCGGGCGAGCUCGACCCGGAGAACUCGCUCUCCGGGUUCCUGGACCACGUCCCGAUGAGCCUGCGGCGGUGGGCAUGCUACUCUAUGCUGCUCGGCCGAGUCCGGCGGAGCUUCAAGCACACGAUGCUGAUCGACGCCAAGAGCUGGGCCGUGCUCGGCGACCCGCUCGGCCGCGUCCGGGGCCGGAGCCCCGAGACGGUGCACCUGCUGGCGGCGGCGGCGGCCCCGAGCAAGCACGGGAGGAGGAGCCCGGACCGGGCCCAGCCGCGCGGGUCGGCGGUGAGCCCGGGGGUGGUGAUGGGCGGGACGCGGGGCGUGCGGCGGCUGGCCGCGGCGAUGCUCAACGAGGUGGUCCGGGCGUCCACGCAGCAGCAGCAGCACAAGAGGAAGGGCGGCGCGGUGACGGAGUCGGGGGUGCUGAGCCAGCUCGCGAACAACGAGUUCGUGCUGAGCAACGUGAACCUGGUGGUGGUGCCGCCGCCGCCGGAGGAGCCGGGCGGCGGAGGCAAGUCCGGUCCGCCGUCGCUGAUCAAAUACGGCAAUAAUAAUAAUGGCAAUAGCGGUCACAAUCGUGACGUAAAGGGUAUGAUAAUGAGGCAAAUGUGUUCGUCCGAGGUGGAUUCUUCUGUUUAUAGCGAUUGUUAGAGACAAGAAAAAUAAGUUCAUAGACAAAGAAAAUAGCAGAAUUACGUUACGGUCCGAUGGAGAGAAAUGCCGAUCAUCGGUUUCGAUUUUCGUGUUUUUUUUUUUUUUUUUCCGUUCCUUGUUUUGUUUUUUGGGUCCUACGAAAUUUUGUUACUAGAAAUGUACAUAGAUCCGCGGCAAUAAGAAUUGGCAUUUCGAUUCGAUUUC